AUGACAGCUUCACCUAACCCAGCAGAACAGGCUUAUUUAGAUCUAUGUGAAAAGAUUAUCAGUGAAGGUGAAUAUCGUCCCGAUAGAACAGGAACAGGAACCAAAGCACUUUUUGCUCCACCACAAUUAAGAUUUGAUUUAUCUAAUGACACAUUCCCGCUUCUCACUACCAAAAGAGUGUUUUCCAAGGGGAUUAUUCAUGAGUUGCUAUGGUUUGUAGCCGGGUCAACAGAUGCGAAAAUUUUGAGCGAAAAAGGGGUCAAAAUAUGGGAGGGGAACGGACUGCGUGAGUAUUUGGAUAAGCUUGGUCUAACCGAUCGUAGAGAGGGUGAUCUCGGGCCAGUAUAUGGCUUCCAAUGGAGACAUUUUGGUGCAGAGUACAUAGAUUGCGAUUUCGACUACACGGGACAAGGAUGUGACCAACUACAAAGCGUGAUAAAAAAGUUGAGGACAAAUCCAUAUGAUCGAAGAAUUAUUAUAUCCGCUUGGAACCCACCAGAUUUCCCAAAAAUGGCAUUACCACCGUGUCAUGUGUUUUGUCAGUUUUUCGUCAAUUUCCCGCCAAAUUCAAAACCUAAAUUAUCCUGCUUGUUGUAUCAGAGAUCUUGUGAUAUGGGAUUGGGUGUACCUUUCAAUAUUGCUUCCUAUGCAUUGUUGACCAAGAUGAUUGCUCAUGUAGUAAACAUGGAUUGUGGAGAGUUUAUACAUACAUUGGGAGACGCUCAUGUGUAUUUGGACCAUAUUGAUGCAUUAAAGGAACAAUUUGGAAGGAUUCCAAAACUGUUUCCAAAAUUAGUAAUUAAAGAAGAGAGGAAAAAGGAAAUUAAGAAUAUAGACGACUUCACAUUUGAAGACUUUGAAAUUGUUGGCUAUGAACCAUAUCCCGCUAUAAAGAUGAAAAUGAGUGUGUAA